AUGGAGUUUAUGAGUAAUAGCAGGGACGAACGCUACGGUGGGGCCGUGGUGCUUAUGGGAACGAGGCGCAGGCCUAUUGCAUCAGCCCGUAGGCAACGGGUUCAUCAGAUGACUGAGGAUGUUCCUCACAUGACUGAGGAUCUCCCUCAUAUGGCUGAGGAUGCACCUGAGAUGACUGCGGAUGUACAGGCGACUGUUGCAGAGGACUUAGGUCAUGAUGGUGCUGAGGGAUUCCCAGGUGGGUCACGUGACCCAUCAGUGCUGACUUCAUUUGCAGACCAUGUUGCACAUGCCAUUUGGAGUGGACAGGAAUGUCCUGAGUUGAAUUUGGUGUCGCACGGGAGGAAGGUGACAUUAAUUGGGAGGCCAGUGCCUGAGAUUGAAGGACUGGUUGCUGCCACAGGAUUAAGUCCAUUGAUCGGGUGUUCAGUUGUAAUUGGCGAUCCUGGACUUAUAUCCGCAUUUGUGGUGAAGUGGCACAGGGAGACCAGCACCUUCCAUCUUCCAGUAGGAGAGUUGAUGAUCACACUGGAUGAUGUGUCGUCACUCCUCCAUCUGUCUAUCAGUGGCGCCUUCCACAGCUUUCAUGCUCUUUCUGUGGACGAGGAGGUAUUUUUGUUGAUAGAGUUGCUUGAGGUGUCUACUGAGGAGGCUAGAGCCGAGACAACACGCUCACGCGGGGCAUAUGUACGGCUGGGAUGGGUUUGA